AAACAUAAGGGAAGGAUUCUAAGUAGCAAAAUUUAUUUCUCAUUUUUGUUUGUUCCUUCUUUCUUUUGAGGCCAAAAGAGACCAGAUUCAUUUUUGGUUUCUUCAAAGGCCAAACCUUUUUUUUUCUUAUUUUCUCAGCAAACCCUUUUGCCAUCUUACAAAAUAAAAUCUGUUCGUCUGAGAAUUAUCUCGAUCCCUUUUGGAUUCGAGGUUCAAGAACAUUCAUGAACUUCGAGUAAUCAGAUCAUCUUCUUGUAGUAAUAAUCCAGGAAGAUACAUAACAACACAUAAUACAGAAUGAAAAUAAAUUGCUUGUUCUGUUGUAUGUCCGAGAGACGAUUUACCAGACGAUCAUCAUCGAGACAAAGCAUCAAAGACUGCAUUGAUGCAAAGAACAAUAUAACUACGUUUGACAACAUCUCUUUUAAAACAGAUAGCAGUAGGCGAAGAUACAUAUCCGAGGAGAUAGCAAAACUCGGUAAAGGGAACAUCAGUGCUCACAUUUUCACAUUCAGAGAGCUCUGCGUCGCCACCAAGAACUUCAACCCCGAUAAUCAGCUCGGUGAAGGCGGGUUUGGAAGGGUUUACAAAGGGCACAUAGAAACCCCGGAACAAGUUGUUGCGGUUAAGCAGCUAGACAGGAAUGGUUACCAAGGGAACAGAGAGUUUCUUGUGGAAGUCAUGAUGUUGAGUCUCUUACAUCAUCAAAACCUUGUCAAUUUGGUUGGAUAUUGCGCAGAUGGCGAUCAACGGAUUCUUGUCUAUGAAUAUAUGCAAAAUGGCUCUUUAGAGGAUCAUCUUCUUGAAUUGGCGCGGAACAAGAAGAAGCCGUUGGAUUGGGACACAAGAAUGAAAGUUGCAGCAGGAGCAGCGAGAGGGCUUGAGUAUCUACACGAAACAGCUGAUCCUCCUGUGAUCUACAGAGAUUUCAAGGCCUCAAACAUAUUGCUUGACGAAGAAUUCAAUCCAAAGCUUUCGGAUUUCGGUUUAGCUAAGGUUGGUCCGACCGGUGGAGAGACUCAUGUGUCAACGAGAGUGAUGGGAACAUACGGCUAUUGUGCGCCUGAGUAUGCUCUCACAGGACAGCUCACUGUGAAAUCAGAUGUAUACAGCUUUGGAGUCGUGUUCUUGGAGAUGAUCACAGGAAGAAGAGUCAUUGACACCACAAAACCAACUCAAGAACAGAACUUAGUCACUUGGGCGAGUCCAUUGUUUAAAGAUAGGAGAAAGUUCACGUUAAUGGCGGAUCCAUUGCUUGAAGGAAAGUACCCGAUAAAAGGAUUGUAUCAAGCGCUUGCAGUAGCAGCAAUGUGUCUUCAAGAAGAAGCAGCAACGAGACCAAUGAUGAGUGAUGUAGUCACUGCGCUUGAGUACUUAGCCAUGACCAAAACCGAAGAAGAUGGACAAACUGUAGAAGAAGAAGAAGAAGACGAAAGAUCCAAACUUUGAGCAAUUAUUAUUUUUUUUGUUUCGUUUGUAAUUUUGAAAUGAUCGGUUUUAGGAAAGUUGAGAACUUUUCGAAUUUACCAAAGAAAAAGAAAAAUUAAAUGAGAGUUUUCGAGUUCCCAUCGAACAUUUUAAAAGGAUUUGCUGAGAAUUUUGUAUCUGGGGUUUCAAAGUUUCAGACUUUUUUACGAA